ACAUCUUGAGUUACAACGAGACCACAUCCAACGUAUACAGCGCCAUAUGUGCGGUCGUCAUCUUGCACAUCCUCCUAGCUUUGUUCAUAUUAAAAGCGUUCAAGGAGACUCCUGUCAAAGGAGCAAAGCAGGAUUAAGGUCCUGUUCGCAAUCAUAUACUACAACACCACAAUCGCAUCCUAGGUUUAAGGCACAAAAUUAUCAUCAUGGAGUUUCUAGCUGAGACAGAGCAGUCGGUUAUGACAAUUGAACAGAUUUUGGAAUUAGGCGACAACAGUCUGGGCAUGAAGGUAAUUGUGAAUACAAAGUACAAUGCUUUGAUGGGGGUAAUCAGUUGCGUGCUUACAGCCAGGCGGCUCUUAACAAUAGAAAAGUUAUCCGACCCUAAAACUGGAAAGAAAUCAAUGGGCAUGCGGCAUUUUCAUUUUUCUGAGAUUACGAGCGUGGUCGUCAUUGGAGUUAACAAGAAGUUCCGUGAAGUGCUCAUGAAGGAUAUAUAUCAGGAAGAUAAAAGAGGAAAGCAGCUGUUGAUGAAGAAGUUGGUUCCUCCCCAUCUUGCUGAGCGGAAAGAGGAGUGUGAGAUAGAUGAAGAUCUAUUGCUUGGCCGUGUUGGACACAGUCCUGUGGACCAAAAUGGAAGGCAGAAUGACGCAAAGCUAUCACCACCUCCCCCUCCUCCACCGAAGAUACAGCGGCCAGAGAAAUGGAUCAUCAUCGAUUCCUUAGGCGAUGCCUUCAAGAAAGCAAUUGAUGUCAUUCAUUCAGAAAAAGAUGUAUCUGUAGCAGUUGAAGGGAAGGGCAUUGGGCGGUCAGGAACAUUAGCUUGGCUAAGCAUUGCAACGUCGAGCAUCAUAUUUCUUUUUGACAUGGUGAAAAUAGGACCAUCCAAAGCUUUUGAGGCUGGGCUCAGAGAAGUGCUCGCUGACGGAAGUCUCUUGAAGAUCUUGCACGAUUGCCGACCUGUUGAAGACAUGCUGCACCAUCAGUUUCAAAUCAACCUCAAUAAUGUCUUUGAUACUCAGGCUGCGGAAGUGUACCUUUACAUGAUAAAUCACAAGGAAAGUGCCCCGGUGUUUGCCUCGGGGUUACCAAGUCUUCUAGUUCAUUACUUGAACCUCCCCCAGCACCACAUCUUUUUCUCCCGUGUUCGGGAAGAGUGUUUAGACGAUGACGAAUCAAUUUGGUUUGAACGCCCCCUCCCGAAUCCCUUGUGCGAAGGUCUGGCCCGCUGUGUGAUGUACCUGCGCGAACUACGUUUAAUCCUCAUGAAAUUUAUGAUGGUCGACCUGGUUCAAAUUACAAACUUGUACUUAGGAGCGUUGCGAGACAAGGACUCUGCAACGGUCGGCACCGUUGAGCUACAUGUCGUUCCUACUGAGGUGCAGAGGCUCCGUCGCCACCGUCUCAACAACUGCAUUAGUGUCCACGACCCAUACAUCUCGUGUUCUAAGGACACUUUCACGAUACUCCCGAGAAGAAAGAGUAAGUAGGAAGUUGUGAUGUGGUAGUCUUACUUUUGAAUGAUAUAUAGAAACUCCUAGGGUUGCAAGUUGAUUUUCUUUAUUUAAAGAUUCAGCAUCUUUGCCAACUUGGCCAUUUUAGAUUUGUAUUCAUGGAGCUGUAUAUAAUGCCUUAAAAAGUUCUCUUCUACUGAAUCUGGUGUUAGGUCUUGCUUUCAGACAUUUGUAACUAUUUUUCUAGCCCGUGGGUGGCUUGUAAAACAAAUUCAAAGUGGUCUUAAGAGGGUGAGAUAAUUUAAACUGCAAUUUUUGCUUCUUUGUAAUUCGUAAGAUGGAUUCAUUGAUGUUGCAAAUUUUCUAUUGAAGUAAGUUAUUUUUUCAGCUAAAGUAAUAAUACGUAAGUAACAAUAGGAUCAUUUACAGUCCUUCACUAUUACUGGAUGGAAGAUAAGGUAGUUUUAUUGUCGUGAUUUGGAUAACGACAGGCAAUCAAUUCAUUUAGUGGAAUAUUUUAUUAAGUACUUGAAAUUAAUGAAAUGGAAUAUUUUAUUUAGCAAGUACUUGACCAAUUCAUUUAAUGGAAUAUUUGUAAAAACUUGAGAAUGUAAAUCCAUUUUGAUAGAUUGGCUCAUGUUGUAAGAAAUUUAACUUCAUUUUUAUUUUUGGAUUUUAAAAAAUUUUCUUGGGCAUUAGUUAGAAUGUGUAUGGCACUGCUAGUCUCCAGAAUAUUUUAUGUUUUUCAUACCAUUAUAAUACAGGUGGUGUUUGUAAGUUUGCCCCUUUUUUUUGGUAAACAACCUUAGAAUUUUGUGAUGAGUUGUGAGAGAACUUUAUUUUUCUUCUCAAGAUUUGAUUAUUAAUAAUUUUCGUAUUUCUAAUGUCAGCUGCUGUAAUUAUAUCGUGUUCUACAAAAGCUGUCACUUAUGAUUCAUAUAUAUAGCGUUUAUAGGACAUGUCAUAUUUUAAUUUUUAUCUUUUAAUAAUUAAAAGUGUGUUGGUUUUUGUUUAUAAAAGUUGUCAAAUUUUGUUUUAUUAUAUAUAUUUUUUGUACAUAAUUUUUGAUGUUUGAUAAUUUGAUAUGUUAAAUAAUUUUUGUUAUAAUUGGGAAGGAUAGUACAUGGUUCCUUCAAGUAUUUCCAGUAAGUUUUAAAACAAGAAUGAGAAUUGAUUUUAAGAUUGCAUCUUGCAUUGUUGCCAUUAUCAUGCUAAUGGUCAUGAGAUUUAGAUCAUAAAAGUGCUCAGAAACCAUCAUUAAUUACAUUGUACAUGUUGAAACAGUGUGUAGUUGGCAACAUUUAAUUUGUGAUUUUUUUUUUAUUUUGUCAAUUUUUUGUUGCACAAAGUACAAAUACAUUGUUGCAUUUUUUCUUCAGGACAGUUUUUGGUUUUGAUUUAUUUUUCUUUUUGUUAGAUUAUAGUGUGUGUUCUACAAAAAAUGUCACUUGGCAUUUAAAGGAUGUCAUAUUUUGAAUUUUUAUCUAGUAUUAAUUAACUGAGUUGGUUUUGUUUAUAUAUAUUUUUUUGUACAUAAAGUGUAAAUGUUUGAUAUUUUUUGUUAUAAUUGGGAAAUAUACAUGGUUCUUUCAAGUGUAA